AUGAUGCCGGCACUGAGUGCGCCGCAGGGUGCACCGGGGCCGUAUCAAAGCAGCCGCACCUGGGUAUGUGGCACGAGCUCAGCUCCGGUGCGACUGCAGGCGCGGAUUGCACCCGGUCAAGCGCAGUACUCGACGUAUGCAAGUCGGAUGCGUGCGGGCACGUCGACGUUGAUGCAGCCGAUUCAGCGGAGUGCGCGUGAUCCAGAAACGUUGCUUGGAUCGCGAACGUCGCGCCAUGUUUACUAUGCGGAAGACGAGGACGAUGAGGACGAUGAGGACGAUGCCGAGGAGCCAGACGAGGACGACUUGGAUGAUGAUGACGACGAAUACAAUGAUGCAGGGUCGGACGACGAGGAGUACGGCGUGCAGCACCGGCCUAAGCGGAGACGCGGAGAGACACGGUCGCGAAGCCCUGUCGAUCCUGAGGCUGAGGCGGAGCUUCUCCCGCCGGGGCAGCAGCUGGGCAGGCCCGUGCCGAGCCAUCGUCUCGUUGUGCGCCCGGCCAAGCGCACGCCCCAUACCUAUUUCACCGAGCGGCAGCUCGAGCAGCAGGGAGACAGCACGGAGGUGCUUGUCCCGAUCCGCAUCGAAUUCCAUACCGAGACACAUCGCAUUAAGGACGUGUUUCUGUGGAAUCUGCACGAGCAGCUCAUCUCGCCAUACCAAUUUGCCCACAUCUUUUUGCAGGAUCUCGAGCUUCCGAUGCAGCCAUAUGCCACACAGAUCGAGAGUCUUAUCAUUCAGCAGCUGUCGGACGCUAUGAGUGCUCUGGACAGCGCGGGCGACGGUCACGAGCGCCUCAUUCACCUCAAGACGGUGGCACGCGAUCGCGAGCGCAAGCGCCUCGAGAUUGAGGCGGAGCAGCGGCGUCGCGCAGCCCAGCCCAUGGUGCUUGACAGUGCGACGAGCAUGCCGCGCAAGCGGGGCCGCCCACGCAAGUAUCCUCUGCCCGAGCCGCCGGCCGAGGCGUGGGAGGCGCCGCCGCCGGCGCCCAUACCGCCUGAGCCCAUCUAUGUGCCGCCGUCAGAGGCGGACGAGGCCAAAGCGACCGACAAGACGCGGAUUCACGACACACUGGCCAAGGUGGAUGCGGAAGAUGACUUGCGCGUGAUGGUGGAAUACGAGGUGCAAAUGGCUCGGUACAUGCUGCGUGACCGUUUGGAAUGGGAUCUAUGCUCCACACUGACCCCGGAAACGUUUGCGCAGACGCUGGUGCGUGACUUGGGCCUGCCCCUGGAGGGAGGCAUGCUCAUUUCGCAUGCGCUGCAUGAGCAGCUGCUGCAUCACCGCCGUGCGGCCAUGGAAUUGGGGCUGUUUGGCACGGGCAAAAUGUACAAGUGCACGAUGGACGAGCUGCUGCAGAUUGAGGAGGCGGAAGCGGCGGGUCCCCCGCAGGAAGCGGACGAAUGGAGUGAGGAUGCCGUUGUGGCGAUGUCAAUGCGCGAUGAUCAGGCGCCGCCGCAUACGCGGAGCCGGCGUAUGGCGGCGGCGGCCGUGCAAGCCUCGGCGCUGGCCUCGUCGGCGGGCACGGGCACGUUGCCUUUUCUGGUGCCUGACACUACCUUGCCGCUGCCAGUUCGGCGCAGGCAGGCGCUUGCUACGCUACAUGAUCUACUUGCGAUGGGGCCGCGUCCGCUGGAGGGUGCAUGGCGCGACUAUGCGGACACGCUGGACUUUGGGCCCGUGCUCGAGUACCUGAGCGAGGCGGAGGUGGAGAAGAUGGAGGAAGUGGAUUUGCGGGCCACGCGACGCAACCGCCGCGACGCGCAGCGCCUCGGCCGCGGACGACGAUAG